AUGUGUGUGUGUGUAUAUAUAUAUAUAUAUAUAUAUAUAUAUAUAUAUAUAUACACAAACACACACACCUAUAGGGUACUAUACAUUAAUUUUCUCCACUGUUUACAGGAUAUCAGGGAAUGCCCCGGACCGAUCAGCGCACUAAAUGACCUCAAUGCCCAAGUAAAAGAGAAGUUCCAGCUCCUGAGACUGAGGAUACAGGACCUGGAGCAGAUGGCCAAGGAACAAGACAAGGAGUCAGACAAGCAAACUUUGCUGAAAGAGAUGGGAUGCCACAAAAAGCAGAUGCUCAGCAAUCAGACUGUGUGGAGGAAGGCAAAUCUUUCUUGUAAGUUGGCGAUAGAUAACUCUGAGAAGGAUGAACUACUUGAAGGUGGUAAUUCUACAAGACAGAGAAAUAUAACCAAAGAAAACCUAACGGAAUCUGCAAGCAGCAUCACGGAGAGCCUAAUGAGUGUCAGCCGAAUGAUGGCUCAGCAGGUGCAGCAGAGUGAAAUAACUAUGCAUACUCUAGCCACCUCAUCCAGGACAGUCCAGGAGGCCAAUGAAGAAUUCAAAUCCAUGUCUGGAACCAUCCAGCUUGGCCGUAAACUUAUUACCAAAUAUAAUCGCCGUGAGCUGACGGACAAGUUGCUAAUUUUCCUGGCGCUUGCCUUGUUUCUGGCAACUGUACUUUAUAUCUUAAAGAAAAGACUCUUUCCAUUUUAA